UUCCGUCGCUCCUCAGUCGGUGCCGUUGAGUUAGAAGCGGAGAGAGGAGGUGGUGGUGAAAGCGUCCCCGGGAGCUGGAGAACCAGACAAGCGCACACACGCACACGCGCACGCGCGCUCACACGCACAAAACAAUAAAGUGCGGACGGCAGGCGGGCGAGGAGCGCGGACGCGCAAGCCUUCAGCCGGAGGAGGGGGGACCCAUGCGGGCAGAAUAAGAUGUCCAUGUCGCGUCGACUCUCCGGGCUCACGCUGCUCUUCGGAACCGACGCGCAGAACCGAACGGACCUUUGCUCGCGGGCACGCGGCGGCGCGUGACGGACCGAGGCGCAGAGAACGGAAAAGUUGAACGCGGCGGUCGCGCGUUUUUUCUCUCUCUAAUGGAUGCAGAAGAAUCUCCAAAGGUCUCCGUAUCCAAAUGUCACCCCCCCUGGACGGCGCCCUGGUCGGGGACCGGCAGCGUGUGACGGACAGACGGGUGGAGCCUGCGGCGGCAUCCAGUCGGCCCCGGCUGAGCUCCGCGUGGAGCGCCGAGUGACGAGUGCUGCGACGGUCGGAUGUCUCGGCGUGGAUGGAGUCAGUCAGAGGACCGGCCACCGCUAACGAGACCGGCGCGCUCCAGCUGAGGACGAGCAUCCACAGGAUUACUCUUCCCUUCCUCUCCUGCGUCAUUACCGAACUCCCAUAGUCGGACUGGAUGUAUUCGUCGUUUCCUCUUCCGAUCUUCGUAUUUGUUUAAUCCCUUCCGAGUUUCUUUAUUUUUUAAUUUUUUUGCUGGGCUUUUUUUCCUCCUUUUUUUUUCCACGAUGGAGUUUCUGGUUGGACCCUGGAAUAAAGAUUGGGCUUCUUUCCUUCAGUUUUGGUUGACGGUCAUCCUGAGCCUGCAGAUGCACUUCCUCCCGGGCGCCUCCUGCCCGGCGGAGUGCCGCUGCGACACGCCGUUCGUGUACUGCAACGAGCGCAGCCUGACGUCGGUGCCCCUCGGGAUGAAGGAGGGCUUCAAGGUCCUCUUCCUCCACAACAACCAGAUAAACAAUGCCGGCUUCCCCCUGGAGCUCCACCAUGUGGCCUCGGUGGAGACGGUGUUUCUCUACGGCAACCAGCUGGAUGAGUUCCCCAUCAACCUGCCCAAAAACACCCGGGUCCUUCAUCUGCAGGAGAACAAUAUCCAAACCAUCUCCAAGGCGGCGCUGGCCCAGCUGACUCGGCUGGAGGAGCUGCACCUCGACGAUAACUCCAUCUCCACGGUGGGGGUGGAGGAGGGCGCCUUCCGGGAGGCGGUCAGCCUCAAGCUCCUCUUCCUCACCAAGAACCACCUGAGCAGCGUUCCCAUCGGCCUCCCCGAGGACCUGAAGGAGCUGCGCUUGGACGAGAACCGCAUCGCCCACAUCGCCGAGGAGGCCUUCCAGAACGUGACCCGCCUGCAGCGCCUCCUGCUGGACGGGAACCUGCUGACGGACGAGGGCAUCGCGCCGGGGACCUUCCAGGAGCUCGCCACCCUCCGGGAGCUGGCCCUGGCCCGCAACUCCCUCACCUUCCCCCCGCCGCUGCUGCCCAGCCAGUCGCUGGUCAAGCUCAGCCUGCAGGAGAACCAGAUGGACCAGAUCCCCGUGGCCGCCUUCGCCCAGCUCGUCCGGCUGGAGAAACUGGAUAUCUCCGGCAACCGGCUGCAGACUCUGACGCGGGGCGUGUUCGACGGGCUGUCGAGCCUCCGGCAUCUCGUGGUGCGCAACAACCCGUGGCGCUGCGACUGCGCCGUGAAGUGGGUGCUGGUCUGGCUCAAGGCGUUGCCGUCCUCGCUCAACGCCCGGGGGUUCGUGUGCCUGAGUCCCAACAAGGUGCGCGGCAUGGCGAUCCGGGAGCUCACGCUGGAGAUCAUCGAUUGCCCGGCGGAGGUCGACCGGCCGCCCCGGCCCACCGUCCGCUCCACUCCCCCGGCCCCGCCCACCACCGCCGCCACGUCCUCCGCCCUCGCCGCCACGUCCGCGCCGUACUUCUUGGCCUCCCCCUCGCCUCCCUCGCCCCCGGUCCGCCACAACCCCGCCGGGCCCCUGCCGCCGUACGAGGACCCGCUCCGGAUCUCCUUCCACGUGGCCAACGCCACCAGCAUCGAGGUGAGCUGGGCGUCCUACUUCACCGUCGCGGCCUACAAGGUCACGUGGGUCAAAAGGGGCCCGAGCCAAACGAACGAAGCGAUGCGGGAGAGGACGGUGAGCGGCGAGCGGCGCCGCGUCGGCCUCACCGGCCUGGAGCCGCGGUCCGUGUAUCGGAUCUGCGUCCACGUGCUGGACAGCCUGAACUCCUACCGGCCCGGAGAGGAUACCAUAUGCUCCGAGGCCAGGACCAAGGCCGCGGCGGCCGCCAAGCCCCCCGGCAGGGAGCAGGCGCCCCAGGGGAGCGUGGACUCCACGCUGCUCCUCGCCGGCAUCAUCGGCGGGGCGGUGCUCCUCGUCCUGGUGGCGCUGCUCAGCCUGUUCUGCUGGCACAUGCACAAGAAGAGCCGGUCGUCUUCGACCAAGUGGAAAUACAACCGCGGCCGGAGGAAAGACGACUACGGCGAGGCCGGCACCAAGAAGGACAACUCCAUCCUGGAGAUGACGGAGACCAGCUUCCAGAUCGUGGCGCUGAACAAUGAGCAGCUCCUCAAGGGAGAUUUCCGCAUCCAGCCGAUCUACACGCCCAACGGGGGCAUCGGGUUCAGAGACUGCCACCUGAGCAACAACAGCAUCGCCUACUGCAAGAGCAGCAACGUGCCCAGCACAGAGUUCUGCCCCACGUGAGGCAGCACACCAGUACCGCGGCACACACACACACACACACACUUAGAACGUGCAGCAACACACACACACACACCUUUUGUGAAGAAAACGGAACACAUAAACAUUCUAAUGAAAUAUAACUGUACUAUAUAUAUUUCCAAGUUCUGUCUACGAUGUAAUUUAUACAGUGGAUAACGAUGUGGGGGUCUCUGCUAUCUUUUUUAUUCUUAGAAAGAGAGAUACGAGAUGUUAUUUUUUUUUGUGUGUGUGUUUUUUUUAAGAACCAUCGGGUUUUAAAUGUUGUUUUAAUGGUCAGUACCGUACGGGAACACGGAGUCGUACAAUCGCAGCAGCAGCCCCCGGGUGUCGCUUCAGCCUCGGAGAUGCUGGGGGCCCCUUAGGGGGCCGGGGUCCUUUGCUAACCACAGAAGUAAAAUAUGGCCUUUUGUUUCCUGAAGGACGACAACCCCCCCUACACACACACACACACCUCUAUUCCAACAGAACAGUAGUAAAGACAACACCGCGCAGGGGAAAUCCAAACACGCUGAUGAGAGCGCUGUGGAAAUACAGCGCCGGUCCAUUGGUGCUAUGUUGUUAAAAAAGUGCACUUUCUCAUUAAUGGGAGCCGGGCAGGAAACGAGCCGAGGUGGCGAGGGACCGCGGGGCGGCUCGUCAUCGGCGCGGCUGAAAGGCCUCGGCCCGAGAUUUUCCCUUGAAGUGUCGGAACACUAAAAGCGUCUUUUGUUCUGCUGGUUUAGUGCGGGAGGAAAACUCUGGAGGAAGAAAGAAAAAAAGAGCGACGUGUCGUUUUCAACACGUUGUAGUGAGGAGGUGCAGGAGGUGCAGGAGGUUUAUUUCCAGGAGUUUGAAACCCAACAAAGGGCGGUUGUCCCUCAUGAGGAGCGUGGGCCGACUCACAGCCCCGCGUCCUGCUGCUGCUCUUCUUCCUCCCUGUUGUGGCGAGUGCGGCCACCAGGGGGCAGUUUCCCUGUGUGUGACAGAGGAGCACCAAACUGAACCCCCCCCCCCCCCCCCCGGGGGUCCAUCACCCUCACCACAUUACUCAGACGCCGUUGUUCCCAGUGACUUAAUGACGCGGAAUCACUUCAAGCCCACGGCGUCCUCUGUGUUGGUGGAGGAGUGAUACGGAUCAUCACCACCGAGGGGGCGGAGCCUCUGGCCCCCCUGUGUGUGUGCGUGUGUGAGGGUGUGAUGAGUUUGAAGAAAAGCACCCCCACGCACACAUAAUGACAAUCACACACACGCACACACUCAUUUCCGCCGGCGCUCAUGAGGCCAUGUGAGGGGGGGGGGGGGGGGUCACGGCGCCACCGCUCGCCCCCCCUUUGUGCACAUUUAUGAGGCUCAUCUGAACAAUGCACCUGCAGCCCCCCCCCCUGUGUCGGCGUGCCCCUGAGAGCUCAUUAUGCACUUCUUAAGCAGACUUUAUUUGAUUUGACAAGAUUUUGUUUUGCGGGGCCGACCUUAAAGAACCCCCCCCCCCCCUUUCUCCUCUUAAUCCUCCACCAAAUAUAAAGGGAGUAAAGUAUGUAGCCCUUACUUCCACUUGGCUGCACGGAGCUCACGCUGGGAGACGAGAGAGAGGGUUAACUCUUUGGAGGCGCAGAACCCACACAGAAAUAUAGUUAUAUAUAUAUAUAAAGAGUUCAGAUAUAUUUACUGAUGAAAACUAAAUAAAUCAAUAGUUCAGUUUCUUGCUGCGAGGUAUAAGAGAAGGGGGAUAGCGCCCUGAAGCUAGAUAUGAAUCUAGCGAUAGCAGCACGCUACGUUAGCUUAGCAUUAGGACUGGAAACAGAGAAUCGGCUAAAAAGCACAAAGUGAGAGUCUCACCCCCCCCCCCCCCCCCCCCCCGUUGUGUUGCGCGGAUCAGACAAGAUGGAGCGAGUUCAGACGGAUCUCCUUCACACAGCUGCUUCUGGAUGCUAAGCUACGCUAGCUGUGCUGCUGUUAGCUUUAUAUUUACUGGUAUCAAACUUCUCUUCCAGCACUCGUCAAGAAAGGGACAAAAUUAAAUGUGAACAAUUAUCAAGCAUAUUCCAUUUGAGUGGAAAAUAAGUAGUACCGUGAAAAUGAAUUGAUUGGAUCGAGUGAUUCUCAUGGCAGAUGACGUUCCCCUUCAAAAUAAGACUCAAUAUGUGAGAUUUUUAUUUUGGUUUUAUUAGCGUGAAGCUCUUCUGUGGUUAUCAAAGCAUCUGAUUCUAGCCCCGCCCACAGCCGCCCAUCACCCCACACACACCACCCGUGAUCUCAUGUGUAUUCUUUGUCCUGUUUGAAGUUGGAUGCUGAUCAGAAGAAGAGGCGUGGGGGGGGGGGGGGGGGUCUCACACUGUUACAACACAUAGCACCCCCCCUCCCCCCACCGCCACCCUGUCUGUGAAUGUGUAACGGGCCCAUCAGAUGUUUGCCUUACCUUUUAUGCACGACUGAAUGAUGAAGAGGGGAGGAAGUUUGAAGUGGAAGGAAGAGAAGACGAGAGCGCGGGAAAGAAGAAAGCACAUUUCAACACUUUGACGGCGUUAAAGGGGGAGAACAGCGGCGGCGAGCUCAUUAGCACGGCUGCUAACGAGAGCGCGUUCAUCCGGAGGGCGGAGCCUCCGCUUGAGGCGGGGCCGGGGGGGGAAUCACACAGGCCGCUAGCGUGGGGUUAUCACGGUGGAGAGGGGGGGGGGGGGGUAACUUCCCUAAGAAGCUCGUCGCAUCACGUUGAAACAAUCCCGUUUCUUAGCUGACGGCGUUCGGAGGCGGCGUUGCUCCCCUUAGGCCACGCCUCCACCGCCCAUGUCAGUCACGUCCGUCAAAGGGUUCCUGCAUGUCCCGUAUUUAGCGUCAUUAUUUCCUCGAAUCAAACCGGGUCUCGGACCUUUUUUUUUGUCCAGCGGUCGCCCCGAUGAAAGGGGGAGGCGGCUGAGAGAACGCUGCACCAGAGGCUCCGCCCACAUCGAGACGCCGCGCACCAUCGCCACGCGUUUUCUUAGGAACCAAAGUUUCUGUUCUCACAAUGAAAUAUCGAUGUUGUUCCAUGUAUGUGCCUUGAGGUUGAACUUACAAUGUAAAGUCCUUGAAAAACCUUUAAAUGUUUUUGCACAAACUGUAAAUACUUACGUGAAGCUUUUUUGAAAAAUAAAAAGAGCCAUUGGAUUGGA